AUGGAUCCAAGGAUUCCAUAUAGCCAGUCUUCUGGUUAUAUGGGCCUUCUUCACAGUCAACACGACUCUGUUCGUGAAGAAAACUCUCCUUAUGAGAGUUUUCAUUCUCUAUCUUCUGAAGUCCCUCAGUUCAGUUCACAACAAUGGGAGGCUCCAGCUCCAACUCCACCUACAGACACACCCGUGGGACGUGGGAAGAGACAUACGUGGACUCCAGGCGAUGACGAGCUGCUGAUCAGUGCUUGGUUAAACACUUCUAAGGAUCCUAUUACCGCCAAUUACCAAAAGUCUGGGACAUUCUGGAAACGAGUUGGAGAUUAUCUCUUCGCAGCUUUGAAAGAAAGAUAUGGUGUUGAUUGUGGGGAGCAUCUCCAUUACAAGCAAAGGUGGCACAAAAUCAGUGACCAAACUAACAAGUUUUGUGGUGCAUAUGCUGCUACAGAGAGACGUCAUAGUAGUGGUCAGAAUGAGAAUGAUGUUCUCAAGGAGGCCCAUGACAUAUACUACCGUGAUAACAACUCGAAGUUUACACUUGAGCAUGCUUGGUGUGUGUUGAGGUAUGAACAGAAAUGGGCUAACCUCAACCCCAAACCUUGUGGAAGUUCAAAGAGGAAAACCGUUGAAACAGGAGGUUCCCAAACCGUUGAUGAACAUGAGACCCGGCCUAUAGGUGUGAAGGCUGCAAAAGCUAAGCGGGGUAAGGCUCAAGGGAAGUCUGUUGAAGACUAUCAGAGGAUUUGGGAAGUGAGGAAAGAGGAUUUGGCGGGGAAAGAGUUACUGUCAAAGAUUGCCAUUCUAGAUAGUCUCCUUACCAAAAAGGAACCACUCACCGAGGCUGAAGAAGCUGCGAAGGACAAGCUCCUUGCCGAGUGUUAUGUUAUGAAUGUUUCAGUUUUCAUGGGUCAGUACAGCUAUAGCCAGCCUUCCCAAUCUGAGACGUUUGGAGGGGAUGGUGCGGACAGUGGAUACAGCGAAAUUGAAGCUCUCAUUCGUCAAGACCAAGCUGAGUUGAGCUACGCGAACGGUGAGGAGUUUGUGUACCCUCCGCAACCUGAGGUGGAGUUUGUGUACCCUCCGCAACCUUAG